CAACGACGUGAAGGACGUCGCCGGGGCAGCGUCCCGGUAGCUGAGCUGUCUCAGUCCAACCACCAGGCAGCCGCUACUAAAACCGCCCCUCCCCUGCCCUUCUCUCUCACUCAUCCAUCUCUCUCGUCUCCUCGCAGGAUCGGAGCUAGCAGCUCGAUCGAUCCCCACAACACUGCCACACCUGGCUGGCUAGCAGCAAGCAAGAGCCAAGAAAUUAAGCUCCAGCGUUCCGCACCAUCUCGCCAUUGCCACCACCGCCGUUCUGGUAUUCUUGCAAUGCCGGACGGGGAGGUGCCGAGCCCGGCGUCGUCCGGGGGCACGUCGUCCUCGCCGCCGCUGUCGCCAGUCGAGCUGGCCGGGCCGAGGCGCGGCGGCGGCGGCGGCGGCGGCGCGGAGAAGCGGGCGCGGGACCGGGACGGCGGCGAGAGGCACCCGUCGUACCGCGGCGUGCGGAUGCGGGCGUGGGGGAAGUGGGUGUCGGAGAUCCGGGAGCCGCGCAAGAAGUCGCGCAUCUGGCUCGGCACGUUCCCGACCCCCGAGAUGGCGGCGCGCGCGCACGACGCCGCUGCGCUCGUCGUCAAGGGCCCCGCCGCCGUGCUCAACUUCCCGGAGAUGGCCGCCGCGCUCCCGCGCCCGGCCUCCGCCGCGCCGCGCGACGUCCAGGCCGCCGCCGCGCGCGCGGCCGCCAUGGAGCCCGCCCUGCUGCCGCCUGAUGGCGGUGAAGGACCAGCAGUCGCCGCCGUAUCGUUGCAGCCCGCCCCGCCAGUGCCGGCGGCGGGGCAGCUGCAGCAGGACGAGGAGCUGGAGGCGAUCGUGGAGCUCCCGCGGCUCGACGAGGACUGCGGGGAGCACGUGAUGACGACGGCGGCGACGGCGUUCGGCGCCGCGCCGCCGUUCUCGUUCCACGACGCGGCGACGCCGGCGCCGUGGUGCGACCCGGUGUGGAUCGACGACGACUGCGCCGGCUACGCCGCGGCGGGGCACGACGACCUCUUCGGGCUCGACGGCGGCGAUCACGGCUGGGCCCAGUCGGUCCCCGCCCUCCUGUGGAACUUGUGAUCGCCGGCCGGCCGGUCUGCUAAUCAACAAAUCAGCAGCUAGCUAGUAGCUAAUAGUACAGUGUGUAAUUAACUCCCGUUAAUCUCCUCCAUCGAUCUGCUUUAUUUCGAUCUUUCUCUCGUUUUCUCUUUCCCUGCAGAGAAUCUGUAGAUAGAGAGUUGCAACUUGGUAGAGAGUAUUACCACCUCUCAAACAAAAAAAAGUUGCAACUUGGUACUAGCUCUGGGGGUUGAAUAGUGGUGGGUCCGCCGUCUCUCUUUCCGGCGUACGUUCUUUUCGCUGCCUUUUUGGUCGGUUUGGGGCUCGAUCUUGUCUUCUGAAUUUGUCUUCUUUCCUUUUUUUUUCUCCCAAUGGAGGCUGCUAUUAUUGGCUUGGUUAGUACUAAUAAUGUACAUGCAUGCCAAUGCAACGCAAUCGUUGGUUUGGUUAUCAAAUUAACCAGCAUCACCUUCUUCAAGUA